GAUCAGCCUAACACUACGUCAAAGGGAGUUUACACUGAGGGAAAAGCUGUUCAAAAGUAGUGAAAACAUCCCCAUUAUGAUUUAUAUUUACACUGGUUAAACUACGAAACGAUUUGAAAGUAAAAUGGGGAAAUCGAGGUUAGGUAUGUGACAUGUUACCGUCUGCCCACGGAGUUUCAAUUUCCCUUAAAUACAGCACUCACAAUAUACUGUAAUAGAAAACUAUUUUCUUUCUCUCUCAGGAGUAUGUCUGGUCCAUCAGUCUGGUGUUUUUCCCCCACCCCUAAAGCGUACUUCCUCUGCACACGUGUGCAGAACUAAACCUCCCUCCUCAUACGUGUCUUCCCCUUUUUGUACUUCGUCUCAUCCCUUGCCCACACUCCUUGCUGUCAUUUCGGCUGAGGCAAGCACAGCAAGUCAUCAGACAGUAAACACAGAGAGAAACCACUCUGUAGUGUCAAGGCUGGUCAUUAUCUACUGUAGUAGUCAUUUGAUAGUACCAUGUGGGACUGUAGUGGCUUGGCUGCAUGUCAGCAGCUCUGAAGAGUCUCUUCUGAAGCUCGUCCUGGACUGAACUCCGCCAAAGUAGAAGCAGCUCUGGAAUGUGUCUAAAACUCUUCACCCACUGGACAGCUUUGAUUUGCAAUCAAGAAACACAUCACAACAGCAAAAACAGCAGGUGAAUUUCUAACCAGGAAAGUGAAAGAAAACAACAGGAACAAUGAACUCCACAGACGCAAACUCAACUCCAUGUGUUAAAAUUGGGGAGAACGCCAUCAGUGAUGUCCUGAUGUCUAUUUACAUCCUGGCUUUUAUCUUUGGUUUGAUCUUCAAUGUGCUGACCCUUGGCCCCAUUUGGCAACAAGUGCGGCGGCAAAACAUUCUGGGCAUCUUCCUACUCAACCUGUCCAUCUCCGACCUGCUUUUCCUCUUCACUAUGCCCCUGUGGAUCAAUUAUUACCAGCAGGACCACCACUGGAAGCUGGGUGUUGUGUCCUGCAAUGUAGCUGGCUUCUUCUACUACACCAACAUGUACAUCAGCAUCUACCUGCUCUGCUGUAUCUCCGUGGACCGCUGCAUGGUGGUCACCUACCCGCUCCGCUCCAAGACCCACCGUACAUCACGCUGCGCCUGGGCACAGUGUGCCACUGUUUAUGUCGUGGUGGUAGCGCUGCACAUCAUGGUGCUGGUCAAUGACAAUCUGGUUGACGCCCACGAUGAGAAGAACGACAAUGACCGUUGUUAUGAGACUUUCCCCAUGCCGCGGCCUGUGGCCUUGUUCAAUCUGCUCCGAGUGGGCAUCUGCUUCCUGCUGCCUCUGCUGGUGUUGGCGGUGAGCUACUGGAGGGUGCUGGCCACUGUGGGCCAGAGUCCCGGCCUGACUGCCCAGGCUAAGAGGAAGGUCCGCCUGCUGUCCUUUGGGGUGAUUGGCAUCUUCUCAUUUUGCUUUGCUCCAUAUCACAUCCUCCUGCUCAUACGCUCGCUAGUCUUCUACAACAGUGAUAACGUACAAGCUCAAGGAAGUUACUGCCAGUUUGAACAAAAAAUGCACUUUCCAUUCUCAUGCAUGCUGGCACUGUCCAGUCUGAACUGCGUGGUGGACCCUGUGCUGUAUGUGUUGGUCAGUAACGGAGUCCAGGAGGAGGUGAAACUGUGCUGGAGAAGGCGUAGAAGGACACAGACAGGGGAGUGUGCUCUAACUGCAUACGAAAGAGGAAAGACUAAUACUAACUUAAUAUGAAAAGUAAAAUAUAUCAGGGUGGAUAAAUGCACCUGUGCAUUUGUAUGCAUAUGUGUGUGUGCAUGAGCAUAGAUAUAGGUGAUUAUGCAUAAUACUAUGGCUGUUUAAACCCAUAUCUUCAUUUUCAGAGUUGUAAGUAGCAGGAAUAUUUACAUCCCAUAAUCAACCCUUGGUGCACAGACAAUCAGACAUCCUCUGAGAGAACCACAGUGGUGCUUUUUUCUGUUUUUUUCCUCCUGCACAUGUUGACUAAUAUGCAUCUCAGAGCUCUGUAAUUAGAUUGUAUUCCCAGGUUCUGCACUCCCAAGAGUUCUUCAGCGGCAGCCACUUCUGGUUUGUGGCUGGACGCUGCUGGAGUUGAAGAGCACUUGUGUUUUCCUUCCAAUCUUACACAAGGAUGUUGUGAUUGUGAUUAUGUGAACCCUGGUAUAGCUAGAAGUGCAUUAAGUCUAAAGCAUGCCAAAAAAUCAAACAUGUAUUAGCAUGACCGUGUGCCUGCUUUAUCGUCUAACCGUCGGUGGAACAUGUUGAAUGUAAAAUCCAAAUAAACCAGUGGUUUGAACAGGUG